AUCUGCAAUCGAACACUUUCAAUUUCGCUUAUUCAGUUUUCCUUGAUCAUUGUUUCAUAUUGGAAAAAUAAUGGCGUUGAUUCCAAGUUUCUUUGGCAAAAGAAGGAGUAGUGUCUUCGAUCCUUUCUCUCUUGACCUUUGGUAUCCUUUCAAGGACUCCCCUUUCCCUUCUUCACUCACCACACAUAGCCCAGAAACCUUGGCUCUUGUCAACACCCGGAUUGAUUGGAAGGAAACCCCGGAAGUUGAUGUCUUCAAGGCUGAUCUUCCAGGGUUUAAGAAAGAAGAAGUGAAGGUGGAGGUUGAAGAUGACAGGGUGCUUCAGAUAAGUGGAGAGAGGAAUAUACAGAAGGAAGACAAGAACGACACUUGGCAUCGUGUGGAACGUAGCAGUGACAAGUUCAUGAGGAGGUUCAGAUUGCCCGAGAAUGCCAAAAUGGAUCAGAUUAAGGCUUCCAUGGAAAAUGGAGUGCUUACUGUGACUGUUCCAAAACUGGAGGUGAAAAAUCCUGAUAUUAAGAGAAUUGAGAUUUCAGGCUAAAAAUUAAAGUUAGAGUUUGGAAGGCCUCUCUCUCCUGCGACAGAUUACUCAAAAGUAACUACUUUACUAGGAAAACAAAGAAGGUUGUGAGUAGUUCUGAACUUCUGCUAUGUAGAAAAUAAAAGAAAUAUUGUUCUUGUUUGUAAAAUUGUGGGUUUUAUUUGGACAGUUACAUUUUUAAGAACAAAU